AUGUCCGCAAAAACUGUGGGAGGACCGGGCAACAAGAAGCCCGCGUCCGCCGCGACGAAUCUUAUUGCCGGUGGAGGAGCUGGUAUGAUGGAGGCGCUUGCCUGCCAUCCUCUCGACACAAUCAAAGUCCGCAUGCAACUCUCGAGAAGAGCAAGAGCACCCGGGGCAAAACCGCGCGGUUUCCUCACGACCGGCGCUGAGAUCGUGAAGCGCGAAACACCUCUCGGUCUGUACAAGGGCUUGGGUGCUGUCUUGACGGGUAUCGUGCCCAAGAUGGCUAUCCGCUUCACGAGUUACGAAUGGUACAAGCAACUCCUCGCAAAGAGCGACGGUACCGUGUCGGGCCAGGCAACAUUCUUGGCCGGUCUCGCGGCAGGCGUGACGGAAGCAGUGGCGGUGGUGACGCCGAUGGAAGUUGUCAAGAUCCGGCUGCAGGCGCAGCACCACAGCAUGGCGGACCCGCUCGACGUGCCCAAGUACCGCAACGCCGCGCACGCCCUCUACACGGUCGUCAAGGAAGAAGGCGCGGCGGCGCUGUACCGCGGCGUGUCGCUGACGGCGCUGCGCCAGGGCUCCAACCAGGCCGUCAACUUCACCGCCUACACGGAGCUGCGCGCCGGCCUGCAAAAGUGGCAGGGCCAGACGGACCUGCCCGGCUGGCAGACGGCCUCGAUCGGCCUCAUCUCCGGUGCCAUGGGGCCCCUCAGCAACGCCCCCAUCGACACCAUCAAGACUCGCCUGCAGAAGACGCCCGCCGAGCCCGGCGACACGGCUAUGGGCAGGAUAAUGAAGAUUGCCAAGGACAUGUGGAAGCAGGAAGGCACGCGCAGUUUCUACAAGGGUAUCACCCCGCGUAUCAUGCGUGUUGCUCCCGGCCAAGCCGUCACUUUCACCGUUUACGAAUACCUCAAGGGCGUCCUGGAGAGGGGUCGCGAGAUGAUGCCCGGCGGGCGCUAUGAAGAGUAA